AUGAAUGUUCAAAAGCCAAAUACAGAGAUCCAGAAAGACUCAGGAGAUAGCACACCUUGGGAUAAGACAGAAAUUCUAAAUCCUACAACAUUUCCUUCUUAUUUCCGACCAACAAUAAAAACUUUCCCUCGCUCAACAGAUUUAUACAUAAAAUCAGGUAUCCCACUUGGGAUUACCAUAGAGCCAGCCAAAGUUCAAGUGGAAGAAGUUGGAGAUCUUUCACAAUCAAAUAUUUUAAAAUGUAAUCGUUGUGGGUCAUUUUUCAAUUCAUGGUGCAGAUUAAUUAACGAUAAGACAUGGGUCUGUCCAGUUUGCAAUCACGAAAACAUACUGGUUUCAGCAGAUGUUGUUUUAUCUCAAAGGCCAGAGAAAAAAUCACAAGUUGUUGACUUACUUGCACCUCCUCUAUAUGCAGAAGAGUCUACAAGACAUCCUACAUUCUUAUUUAUGUUUGAUGUCUCUCAAGAAUCGAUUUCUCUGAAUAUUCCUCAGUUAGCAGCACAAUCGAUACUUACAAACAUGAGCUAUAUCGAUGAUAAUAUGAAUGUUUCAAUUAUUUUGUUCUCAGACAUUGUUACAGUUUAUGAUUUGAAUUUAAUGAAGAAAACAAGUUACGUUGAACUAGAAGAGAUGGAAAUUCAAACGCAGCCAACAUUAUUAAAAGAUAGUAGAAGCAAUUUCGAGAAAUGCUUGAAAGAAAUCGUAAAUAUUACAAAUGGUCCCAAAGGAAACUGUUUUGGCAGUGCUAUAUAUGCUGCAUCACAAGUAUUAGACAAAACUGGAGGCAUAAUUUUCAGUUUUGUCGCUUCUUCUCCUUCAAUUGGACCUUAUCGAAUAAUUCCUCGCUCUGGAGAAUCAGUUUCACGAGGAAUAGAUAUGUUUCGCCCGAAUACGAACGGAAACAACAAUUUUUACCAGACAAUGGCUUUGAAAUUUUCAAAAUCUGAUAUAUCAGUAACUUUAUUCUCAUUUACAACAACGAAUGAGGUUGCAACUCUUGGAAUUCUUCCUGCACUGACAGGAGGACGAUGUUUCUACUAUCCAGCAACACAAGAAACAAUAAAAUCAGAUUCAAUGCAGUUUUACAGGGACAUAUUCAACUGUCUUACAGAUAACUACAUGUGGAACACAAGUAUAGUCAUGAAUCUCCCAAACACUAUCAAUUUGAAGAUGAUUCAUGGCAAUUUAAUCAGAAAAGAUCGACAUAUCAUCGCUGCACCUGCUUUUUCAGCGAAAGACUCCAUCACAAUUGAGUUCUCGAUCGAAGGACAUAUUAUUCAGCCUUAUAUUGUCGUCCAAUUCGCGUUUAUUUUCACAGAUCUCAAAAUUUUGAGAAGAAAAAUGCGAAUUUUCACUUUUUGCAUCAAUGCAACAUCUAGUCUCGACAUGCUCGUCAACUGUAUCGACGAGGUGGCCGCUUGUUCCUUGAUUUUGAAAAGAGGAAUUUCUGCAAUUUUGUCUAAGGACAUUUUAUACGGGAAAGACUCGAUAAAAACCGAUGCAACACGGAUGUUAUCGUUAUCUAAGUCAUUCUCUGCUUCAAAUCUCAUUUUGAGAGGAAUUAUAAGUAAUGAUUUGUUUACAGUGAACAGAUCUAUUACAUAUGACUGGAGAAUGACCACAAUCAUCUCAUUGCGAGCUUGUGGAGUCAUCGACAGUCUUCUUUUCUCUUAUCCGAGAUUAUUAGACUCAGAAAACAAACUGAGAAGACUUAGACCUUACGAAACAUCAAAUCCGCCUCUUGUACUACACAUGUGGGAUAGAAUUGUUGUUUUCGCGCUUACUUACGACAAAUUACUCGAAAUUGUCAAAAAUCCAAACGAAAACGACAAAUCUCUUGACCUCCAAAACUUUGUUGACGAAAAAUUCAGAAAAAUUAUUGAGAAUUCGUUUGAAAUUUCUGGAAAAUCUUUGCCUGUUUUCUGUGUAAUUGGAGGAACGAAUUUCGAGAAAUAUUUGAUCGAAGGAAGACUUCAGGAUGAUCAUUCUGCAAAUUUGAUGUCUUUCGCAAUGAAAAAGUGA